GAAGUUGUCUAAACUAAAUAAUAUAGAAUUUUCAAAAUCGUUCCCUAGGAAAUAUUUUUUGCGUGGUUCGGUAUUUUCUUGGUUUGCAGAUGCAGUCACUCUAAACAGCUAGAAACUAGCAGCUAAGAUGGUUUUCAUGCGUGUGGGCAGCCGUGUGACGGCACUAGGACAGAAAUUGGGUGAGAAAUUCGUGCUGCCCGAGCGUUUCAAAGACACUUUUGUCGAGAAAUGGGUGAAAUACUGGAACGGCCUGGUGCGCGACUAUUCGGAGGUGGCCAUCGGUGUGGUUAAGGAGACAUAUACCAAGCCAAAGAAGGCACUUGCCUACGGCACUGGAAUUCUGUGUAUGUACAAAGCGGCCCAGCUUAACCCCGACGACGAGGUCUUCAUGACUCUGCUACGCCGUCAGACCAAUCGCAUGAUCAUGGUGGCGCCCGAACUACAGAAUAGCGUGUCGGCCGAGUAUCUGCUUAUGCUAGAGCGUGCCAUCAACCAAAAGAAGCUGCGCUUUCUCUCGCUAGGCAUCUGUACGCUGGUCUGGGUGGAUCUUUACGACGAGGACGACUGCACAUAUCCGGCCAUCUGCGAGUUCACCAAAGUCGGAUACCUGAACUUCCACGAGCGCGUGAUCGAUUUGGGCUUCUGCAACGAGUUCUGGCGCCUCAAGUGGAAGAUGCGCAACUACGAUGUCAACUACCUGUGAUGAUGGAGGGAGAAUUGCAGUUUCCUGUACGACGUCUGGUUAGUUAGCUUUAAUAUGAAAUUGUUCGUUGCUUUGUAGAACUGACUAAAUGAGCAUUUAUGAAAGAAUAAAUACAUGUUACAAAGCAAAGAAUCUGUGGGUUUA